CCCAGCUCUCCGUGCUGGCACAAACCUUCCAGGGAAGCUGGGCUGAUGCUGCCCUGAGGGUGCUGCUGCCUCCCUGCUACCCCUGCAGGUAGAGAUCAUUUAUUCCUCAUGAGAACAAGUGAGUCAGCUUCUGAAAGUAAAGGCGAGGCUCAGGGGAUUCAUCUCACCGUCACCAUAAACUGCACUGUGGCUCCGAGGGCCAACAACAGAGGAGGAAGGCCUGGUCCCUCUGAUUUGACUGAAACCCUGAAUAAGCACCUGGAACACCUUGGGCUUUGUGGUGAUGGCACAGAAGCUGAAGAUCAGAUCCUUGAAAGUUUGAAUGGGAUUCUCCUGGCUAUUACUGAAGAUAAGCAGAGAUCCUUCCACCUACUCAGAGGGAGUAAGAUCUUCCCAACUUUGGCAAAAAUCCUGAAGGGCAAUCCACGAUGUGCAGUGAAGGCAGCCCAUGUGCUCUCAGAGAUAGCCAAAAAUGAGGAAAUGAAGAAACCAUGUAUUGAAGCAGAUUUGGUUCUAACACUGAUACCUUUGCUUGAGAGCACAGACCAAGAAAUGCUGCUCCAUGCUGGGAGGGCCAUUGGCCGUAUCUGUUACGAUAACCGCAGCCUUCAGGAAGAGCUGGUGAAGGUUGGAGUGAUCCCAUCACUGGUCCGAAUAUUAACUGACUAUGCAGACAGUGAACCUCUUGUCCACGUUGCUCUGUUGGCCUUGUACAAUCUGGCAGACCUUGACUCAGCCAAGGAAGCUCUAAGCAUGACAAAAGUUGCUGAACAACUGGUGAAACAACUGAGGAGAGCUGAGAGCCAUGAGAAGUUAGAAAUUGUCUUUGAGGUCCUGCAAGCACUUGCAGAAAAUGAUGCUCUGAAAGUGCAGCUGGUGGAUGCAGGUGUGCCAGAGGUGCUGUCCGAGAUCCUGCUGAGGCUCCAAGGCAGUUCCCAGGCUGAAGAUACAUGCAUUAUGAAGGCUGCAUCAGAUCUCAUUGUCUCUCUGCUUCUUGGAGAUGGCAACUGCCUGCGAAUGUUCCAGCUGGGAGUCGUGCACCAGCUCCUGGAUCUGCUGGAGAAGCAGGUGCAGAGCGGGGACACCUCUGUCCAGCAGGCUGCUCUCAGCGCCCUGCAGAGCCUCGCAGUUCCAGUUGUCAGCAAGGUUCAGAUGCUGGAGGAAGGUGUCGCAGAGCGGAUCGAGGCGCUUCUAAGGGCAGAGAGCCCCCCUGUGCAGUUCAAACUCCUGGGAACACUACGGACCUUAGCAGAUGGACAAGCUGAUGCAGCCGAAAUCCUGGGCCAAGACCCGCAGCUGCUCAGCAGGCUGGUGCAGUGGUGCAGCGUGAGCGACCCCAGCGGCAUCUGCGGAGAGGCAAACCGGCUGCUGGCUUCCAUCCUGCACCACAACAGAUCCCAGGAAGUGGUCAAAGCCAUCCAGGCAGCACAAGGAGUGAAGCAUCUGGUUUCCAUGACAACAAAUGAACAUGCUGCCAUGCAGAAUGAGGCUCUGAAUGCCUUGGCAAUAGCUUCUGCCAUUGAUUUAGAAACUCUUGAAGAAUCUUUUAAAGAAUCACAGCUAGUUCAAAGCUUACACAAACUUCUACGAGAUGAUAACACUAGUCCUGAGGUGAAAUACAACUCAAUGGGCCUUUUGUGCAGACUUCUUAAUUCAGGUGAUCUGAGACAAGAAAUAGAAGAGGACAAGAUCAAAGACACCCUCGAGAAACUCUGCAGUCACAGCAAUGCAGACGUGGUCAAGGGAGCCACCACAACAUUACAGGUUCUGAGAGGAGAAACACCCCACUAACCUCCCUGCUCCCAGGGAGCCAGCACUGCUGCUCAGGCACACACCACCAGCUUUGCAACCCUUGCAUUUGUCAUGCUGCUGCACAAACAACACUGCUGAAGCCCAGGUGCAGCUCCUGCUUUGAGAGAUGUGUAUAAAAAACUCAUUAGCACGUCUCUUUGGCCUGAUACUUGCACCACUACUGCUCCUCACUGAGCCACCAACACACAGCAGGAAAAGUCCUGUCAAGCAAAUGGUGUUAAGAAACAUCACAGGAGAAACAUCAGGCAAUUACCACUCAUUAUAUAUUUUUCAGGGGCUUGGUUUUGUGAGAGUAGGAUACACACUUGCAAUUUUUCUUGUAUUAAUGGGACUUUUAAAUAAUUAUAUAGAAGUCUUAAGCUUUUCUCAUGGAAUGUGAAACACAAGUUAGAUUAAAGCUGUAGCUGAAACAAUGUAAAGGGCUAACUGGCACAUUGUGAAUGACACUGUGAGCCCAACUGUUAGGUGACCAUGUCAAAACCAAAACUAUCUUUAAGCUAACUCUCCCUUCAAUCUCCAAUUUUAAAGCCCAUCUCUGAACCUGUACCUGCUCCUGUCACAAGUCAUAUUCUUAAACACUUGAGGCUACAGUCUUGUCCUGAUUUCUGGACAGAAGAAAAGCAGAAGCAAAGUUGACAAGAAACCACAGCCAGCAAACACAGUGCUUGGACAAGACACAGAAAUUACAAGUGGGCAGGGAUAAGAAUGUGGAGGCAGCCAGCAUUCCAUUAUCACCCAUAAGAGAACCUGGGUUUAACUUUAGAUAAUGGGGGGAAAAAAUUGAGUAAAACAUAUGCCUCUGAACAUUUCUGUGGAAUCCUUUUGUAUUUAAAAAGGUCACUAGAUGAGACGGUAACAGAUUCUAUUCCACAACUUGUUCUCAGGGGAAAUUUUUUAAGCAGUUGAAGCUAUGUUGCAGAGUCAUGUUGUCCAGACCUAGAUGAUUAAAUUCAAAACAAUGCAGUGGUAGAGACUGAAAAGCUUGGCAGCAAUUAUUUUUUUUUUUUUUAGCCAGCAGAAAAGCUAUUGCAAAAAAAAUGAACAAACAGUGAUCUUCAAAAACCUAUUAUAAAGCAGACUGUAUUUAGAAGUCAACAAGGCUUCAUGUUCUCAUUAGAGAACAACUGGCUUAUGUCUGCAAACAAACAUGAGAACUUUGUUCCUGCAAAAGCUUUCCCACUUGCAAAACCCAGUAACACUACUUAGCCCCUGACACUCAUCACCAAAUAGCACUCUCAGGAGUAGCCUUGAUAAAGGGAAUUCCACAAAACCAACCCAGAGAAGUGACACUUGUUGAGCAACACACAAACAAGUUUUGAUGACAUUACAGGAGAAAAGAAAAACAGUACUUUUAACCUUUUUUCAUGUCCAGAGAUUUAAUAGUUACUCUACACAAUUCUGCAGCUCUUCACUUGCCCAUGGCUUUCUAUUAAAAAUGAAGAGAAAAGCAUCAGUCUUAUCUAUUAUUCAACAACCCAAACUGAAAAGAAAAAAUAUCAAGAAUUAGUUUUGGCAAAAUACAAAAACAAGGACCCCCAAUCUGAGUAGCCACUCUAAACCUUCAAGAGUAAAAUAUUAGCGACUGGAAGCAACACAUCUCAGGAAUCAAACUCCAGGAGUAGAAAAUAUUGAAUUUUAUUUAAUCAAAUUUAAGGCUUGAGAAAAAAAAAUAUAUUGAAAGUCACUCAGAAAAGCCAGCUCAGAAGAGGAGAGAGGAGCCCCCCUUCCAGUGGCUGAACAAUGUUCAAGCUGCAUGACAAUGCACAGGCAGUAAGGGGAAGAAAGAGGGAAGGAUGGAAUGGGGAUACAAAACCCAAGGCAAUUCUACACACAAAUCAACGGCCACAUCAAGCUCCAAGACUGGAAGCACAAGUCUGUCCACAUGGCACUGCAUGAGCUCACCAAAACUAAAGAUCUCUUGGGAAGAAACAUUCAGAUUUUCACAAGGCAACCCAAGGUCCUACUACACUCUUUUCAGUGCUUAUACACAUUCUCCUCUUCAUGUACAGGGAAACUGUGUCCAAAAGCAGUUAUAUCACUAAAAACAGAGGCAGCUGCACUGUCAGACAGACUGACACAUACAUACAUAGCUUAAUGGAAAAAAGUUGUGCUCAUUUCUGCGAAAUAAAUGUGACCACAUUGAAGUUUGCUUCUCUCAGUCCAGUUCUUCAAGUCUGACCUCUUUUGACAUCUUCAUGAAAAACCUUGGUAGUGUUUGUGAACUUGUUCCAAAUGCAACCGCUGAAAUCUCACCAUCGACAAUGUAUCAAACCUCUCUGUGAGAUCACUGAAUUACUUUUCCUUUGAGGCUUCAGAGGCAGGCUCACACCCAGCUGCUUUUGCUGACAACUUUUUUUAGACCAUAACCUAAAUCUUUAGCCAUGACAUCACUGCAGGUCCACAGAGAAGGUGCUAAAUAAAACUAAAUAGAAAGUCUUCCCAAUAGAAGUCUGAAAUUACACUAGCCGCAUAUAGGCAUACUUCAGAACAUACAGGGGCAAAACAACCUAGAGCCCCAGGAUUUUAAAAAUUACACUGAAUAAGGACAGAGAAGUUUAUCCACAGUGGCAAAAAAGACAUUCACUCCACGAAUUUAAAGGUCCUCAAGUAAGUUGAACUUAUCUCAAAUUCAGUUCCAAAUAACUGAAACACUGAUACAAAGGCUGGUGUUAAUAUGGCCAAAGCCAUCAAGAGCAAACUGCGGAAAGACAGUAUCUUAGUUAAAUUCCGGUUUGCAUACAAACAGUACUUCAAAAAAAAAAAAAAUUAUUAAUUAGUCUUCAGGAAACUUGGCAAGAUUUGCAGACCCUGGAAUCCUAAUUUGCAAUGCUGGCUCUUGUCAGCAGCUAAUUUCAGUGCAUCAACUCCACAGCCAUCUUUGACACCAGAAUGAUUUUCACCAAAUCACUGGAAUUCCUUCCUAGCAUUAGGAGCUGGCUGUGUCAAAAACCGGCAAAGGGAAAUGUACUCCCUAGCUGGUGUUUUAAAUGCCAUGUUGUAUGACUAAGAAGUUCCAAAUAGGAAUCAUCUUUCUCCGAUUUUACAUGUAUCCGAUUAUCACAAUUAACCGUAACCAAGUAAAUUGGCUGAUGAGGUGUUGCAAAGUUUCAAGCACCAGAAUUUAAAGCAAAGUUUGCUGGCCACUGCUCUGUUGCUUGCCAAGUCAUAGCACAAUCACACAUUUCUGGCUGCUCCUGGAUCAGAUUCAACCGAUUCAUCAGAUUUGAUGUCUGAUGUAAUACAGACAUCAAAUUCACA